UUCUUAAGCUCCAGCUCAAAAAGUUCACUCUUCAUCAUCAUUGCUGGGCUGAACCACUCCUCUGCGGAGAGGGACGCGGACAAAUCAGGGAGCGCCCGGCGUGCAGGAGAUCCAGCCGCCCGCGUUCAAUGGUCAUUCCGCCCCGGAAUUCCUCUUCUACUUACGUCGGGGUGGGUCCCCUCAUUCCCUCUUGGCUCGGUCCUUUCCUUUGUCGCUUGGUCCUUCAGUCCCAAGGAUUUCAAACUGUAUAUCACCGAUCCGUGGCUCCCUCUCUUUUUUUUCCUUCAAUCUUCAAAUACCCCCGGAUCUCACUCUACUUCGACCCUUCAGGUUUUUCCCACUGCCCCCUUCUGACAAUGACUUCGCGGUAAACUAACAUAUGGCGUUGUGUUCGAAGUCUGAUCUGUCCUUUUCCUUUUGUCUGUCCUAGAUCCACUUGUUCUCCAUUUGAUCAUCGUUUCGUCAGCCCUGUUCACUUC